AAACCGAAGGAAUUAAUUGCUGUACAAAAAAAAAGGGUGGUGCUCAAUCAGAGAGUGGGCAGAUGUCAGGGGUGAGGCUGAAGGGGGAACUGGCUGUGAGCUGGGAGACAUGGCGGGGUGGGCAAGGCCGCGGCGGUGGGGGGAGGGUUUGACAGUCUCUCCCAGUUGGCACCCCCGACCCAUGAUGCCUUGGGGCAGCCAGAGAAAGGGGGGGGGCAGAGUGAGAGGAGGCGACUGGCUGAGUUGGCUGAAGAACGGCAGACAGACAGAAAAAGAAGGACGCAGCGGUUCCGAAAUAAAGCGGCGAUGAAAGGGCGGACAUGAAAAGAACAUGAAAGAAGGAACUUGCCAUUAAAACGCUCGGCCACCUCGUUGCUCUCUUCUCUUCUCCUCCUCUUCCUCAUUCGAUUCUCCUCUUCAAUUUCAUCGUAAAUCAAGUCCAGUUCGACCACCCCGAGGGGCCGCUCAGCUUCUCUCCUCGCUUCCUUGACACACAGAAAAGGAAAAGAAGAGGUUGCUUUCGUCCUGGCGGACACACACCAGGAAGAGCCUCUUGUGUCUCUGUGCCGCGCCGCCCUUCAGAGCCGCCAUGACGCUGCUUGCUUCCGAGAGGUCACUCCUCAUCCGGAACAAGUUCCGCUCAGUGCUGCAGUUGAGGAUUCAGAACCGAAGGCAGAGUGAGAUCAAUGCAGACUUGGGCUUGAAGUCGACAAGUUCCCCGAAAAACAAAGAAAAAGACAAAAGUGAAGCUCCGCGUCCAACUGACAAUGGUGCCGGAAGACAUCCGAAGACGCCCCCUGGUGGAGUCGCUCCUGGAACCGUGCAAGAGAAGAGCGAGUGCGGGGCCUCGAGGCAGAAGAAGGCUCGUCGGGACCUCAAAGAGGGUAUCCGAGAUCCACCCGCGCCUGCCAAGCCCAAAGACAAAGCGCACCGCCUCCACCUUGACAACGGCCCCGCCUCUUUCGCGUUGCCCGCAAAUGUCUUCGAAGACGACAUCUCCUCCUGCAACUCGUCGAGCAAGCGACGCGUUGCUCCCCAACCGCCGGCGGCCUUGGCCCUCCCUUCACCACCGGGGCUCUCCGAUGACCAAUUGCUGAGUGACUUGUCAUCGGUGGGCCCGCCCCUCAACCACGGUCUGCUUCACAUUCAGUCCAGUUCGGCUUCGCUCCCGGCAACCGAGGGCAGCCAACCGCCGACCGGCACGCUGUUGUGCGAAAGCAACUCCACUGCGGCCGCGGGUCGACCAAACGGGAUCUUUCUGAUUUCCCCGACCCCGCCCCUGCUGCCAAAGACAGCCGGGCCUCCCAGUCCUGCCGGUUCCUCUUCCCCGACGCCCGCCUUCAACCUCAGCCACCUCGCUUGCUCACGGAAACCGCGCGAUACCAAACCCAAGAUGAAGAAACUCAAGUAUCACCAGUACAUUCCUCCCGACCAGAGAGGGGCGUCCGGGCCCGGAGAGGGAGGAGCCAAACAGAAAAGCCCUCCUACCCAGCCAUUAGGCGCCGCCAAUUCUCAUCUGCUCAAGCAGCAACAAGUCUUUCUCCAGCUGCAAAUCCUUCAGCAGCAGCAGCAGCAGCAAGUCGCUGUGCUGCCCAGUGAACCCGUCGCCGCCGCCGCCACCAACCACACACCAAAGGACACAAACAAUGCGCCCAAACUUGAGCUCCUCCCAGCAAAUCUCGUUGAUCUCAAAGUGUCAGAGUUGAGGCAGCAGCUGCGUAAGCGAGGCCUCCCCGUCUCCGGCACCAAGCCGGCCCUGUUGCAGCGCCUUCGCCCCUUCCAGCUCCCGCCCUCGUGCGCCGUUCCCGCGCCCCUCUGUCCACCGGGGGGCGGCACGGAGCCCCCGACUCCCCCUCACCCGCUUCUGGCCCACCGCAGCCCCAGCUCAAGCUGCAGCUCCGCGGACUCACCUGGAAGCAGCCCCGACCAACAGACGUACAUCCCGGAUCACGGGGUCCCGAACGGCAUUGUGAAUGUCGCCGACGGUCUCUCCGUCAGUCUGUCUGGCGAACAGUGCGGUCCUCUCAACGCGGUCUUCCUUGCUCCUGCCUGUACCGCCUCCGGAACCCCGAGUCCCAGUUUACCCAUGUCGUCCUCGUCGCCCCUGCAGUGCGGCGCCACCUGGAGGACUGAGCUGGCCGUCGACUUGGACAAGAAAGAGAGGAUCAAUUGCAGGGCGAGAGAAGCGUCGGCCAACACUGUGCAACAAUCUUGUGCAAGAUCCCUUCAUCCAUUCCUGCAACAGGAACCAGGGUGCAGGAGGCGGGACCGGGAAACGGAUACUCAAACGGAGGUGUUGUUUGCGCAGGUCCUCUGCUCCCAGCCUUGGCCCGCCGAUACGAUUGGCCGAGACUUUGAGCUGCCAGUUCAGAUCACGGCAAGUCCAGUCCAAAACUCGCCCGGCAUUCGUAGCUUGGAGGAGGAGCUACAGGAGGCCAUCCUGAAAGCGCAGAUGGACCCUCGACAAUCCAUCGAUGACAUUCUGGAUGAGCACACUGCUUCUGUCGACUCUGUCCACAAAUCUCCUCUCCCAUCGUCUCCUCCUCCUCCUCCUCCAGCGGAUCCGUCCCAGAAAUGCCAGCAGCACUCCAAGGAGAGCAGCUUCCUGCCUCUCUGCUCCUCGCUUCUCCUGGAGCUGCCCCCGUCUCCCGCCGCGAGCCCCCCGAGUCACGUGGUCCCACCGCCGGCGCCUCCGCCCCUUUGCACCUCGCCUCCGCUGCACUCGGCCGGCAAGUCGCGGAAGCGUCGGGCGCAGGCCGCCUUCGAGGCCGCCGACAUCCUGGAGACGCUGACGUCCGGCUUGCGACUGCUCACUCCGCCGCCGCCUCCCUUCGCGGAGACCGACUUCAGUCUGGAUUCGGAUCUCAACAUCAAUCGAGUGUUGGAUCUGAUGAUAGAGCAGUGGUGAGGAAGCGUCCGGACUGCUUGGUGACUGGCUAUGCGCACUCCGUCCUUUCAUUCGUAGUUUCUCCCUUCUUUCAUUUUUUUCUGACUUCUUUCUUUCCCCGUUGUCCUGCCUCGGAUCCAAGACGUCUUUCUUCCUUUGAUCCCCGCAAUUUGUAUGAAUGGUGCCUCGCUCUCGACCUUCCUUUUGUAUUUCUAGCACCUGCAAAAUCCCUCCCUCUUCCCUCCGUCCAGGUCAGGCGGCCUUCCGCUCGCGUUUCCGUCCAGGGCCUUCCUUUCAUCUUUCCAUGUAUCAGCAAUCCUUCCCAUCCAAUACGUGCGGCUUUCCUUCUAGCCAAUGGUCCCUUCUGCCUUCCUUUUUUCUUUCUGUUCUGCAUUCCUAUCUUCCAACCUCCCUUUCAUCCUUCUUGAUGCCCUACCAACACUUCCUUCCUUCCUUCAAUUAAUCCUGCGCCAGCCCUUCCGUCCUAUCGUUCGUCUAAUCGGUGAUAUGCAGUACGCAUCAUUCCUUCCUUGGUUCCUACUUUCUUUUCCUUCUUCGUUCCGUUGACCGUGCUUUCUCCCUUCCCUUUGCUGGACCCAAAGAAAAUCCAUCCAUCCAUCCAUCACUGCUGUCAGAAUGAUUGACUCCACGCAACGUCGGGGGUUUGAUUUGUUGCAGUGUUGAAUUCAAAAAGCUGGGAUGGGAGAAACAGACACAAAGCUCCACACAGGGUGUCCCAUAAGAUGUUCUCAUUCUUUGACUGACCAUUACGCAAGUAUUUCCGUUUUGAUUCUGGUAUUUAUUGACUCCGAUACAAGUAAAAAAAAAAGAAAAAAGCGUUAGCUUCUUCUCGCCCUCAUUGAGUUUCGUCAUUCGUGCGUGUUCACAAACGUUCCAACUGGUUUCCACCAUUUUCUCAAGACGUGGAUAUCGUUUGGCAACAUUGUGGAACGUCCUCGUUGGCAAUUGUGAGACAUGAUCUUCCGAUGAUGACUUGAAACUGGGUUUGUGGCGUAAACUUUACCUUCAAAAAGUGGAUGUUGGUUUUUGAUGAACUGAUCAGAUGAAAUCAGAUUUCAGCCUGUUUGUUGCCUAAUCUGGCCCAUGUCAUUUCAACGAUUUUAGCAAUGACUUUUUUUUUUUUUUUUAUAACCCAGUUCAUUUAAAUUUUACCUCACAUGUUGAGCCUGGGGCGGCACAGUGGGUGACUGGUGAGCACGUCGGUCUCACAGUGCAGAGCUGCAGCGUUCAAUUCCGGC